CGGUUAAUUAGUUUUCCGCUCAAAAUUGGCUGAGUGUACCUGAAUCAUAGUGCCAAACGGUCCGCAGUAAUUAUUAUCGCAACCAUCAACCAUGUCUUCCAGAAUACGACAAGGAAAGCGCCAGCGAACAACGACAUAUCUCAAAGUUUCGGAGCGAGAGACAAAACUUAUCAAGGUUUCGAGAUCUGUAGCAGCGACAACUGGGAAUUACAACACCAUGCCGUUUGAAGUUCGCCAAACGCAAUCUUCAAAUGUUGAUUCCGCACCAUCGCAGUGGGUAGACACUGACAACGAUGAUGAUGAUGUUUGCGACCAGCCCAAACGUAAAAGUGCAGCUGCCAAGCGUGCAGUUCGUUGGGUUUGCCUUUUCCCGGGACUACUUAAGGCUUAUAAAGAAGGGUAUAAGCAAGCGCCGGUCGCCGAGGCACUCGAGCCUAUUGAUGCAGCGAUCUGUAGUUGUAAUGAUGAUAAGAAAGCCAGUAGAGAGGUUACUUGUAUCUUUAAGUAUGGCAUUCGGCAAUUCACCAUCAUUUACUGCAAAGCGUGCCCGAACUUUUCCUUGCCACUUGAUUUGAUGCGUCGCCACAUGUUACCUUUGACGCCAAUAAACCCCGGGCAUGCAGUGCACAUAAACAUUUCAUAACUUGCAUUGUAUUUGUCGUGUUUCAGUGCACAACAUUGCCAAGUGGAUUGAAGCCGAUUUCGAAGAAGAGGUACCAUCUUUUGAUACGCAUUUUUUAUCUAGGAUAUAAACACACUUAUGUUGG